CGCCGCUUAAAUCUUUGCAUGCUUGCGGUUCACAUGCACAGAUCUUGCUGCAUAUCCUGGGCGGGCAUGGCGCGUGGGACGAAUGGGCUGGGCGUCGGCGCAGCAUUGCUGGAGGAGCUUCUUCGCGAGGUGCUGCGAUAUACCAUUGGCGCGUGCACCGCAUGUAACAAUACUAGAGGCCGCGAAAAAGGCGAUGGUCGAUGGCGACAGGAUGGUGUUCUGCCGAUCGAGACUUUCAUUGUAACUUACCUAAAUGUACUUGGUACCGCAGCCCCAUAACCGCCAAAACAUUUUACCAGCGUCAAAAAGUCGGAAUGGUGGCGUCUCUUCUGUGCAUAUGUAUACGGCAGAACGGUAUGGCAACUCUGUAGUACGUCCAGGUGAAGGGUCGAAUGCAGAGGGAUACAUGGAGUGGGCGGCACUCGGUUGGGGUUAUUCAUCUCACCGCCGGCGGACACCUAAUUUCUAUGAAGAUCCACCUAAACAUUGCGCGCCUCGCCGGACCGCGUGGGACACUUACAACCAGCCUUUGAUCGGCGCAGAUGUAGUAUUUGAGAGCCAUGACUUGGUAGUUCAGAAGAAUGCGACACACCGAUCCUUUGGCGUGAUUCGUGGUAGGGCUACUUCCCUCGUUAUCUCGUACACGAACUCGGCAUGAUGGCACCACGGAUCACGGCCACCGGACAGGCGUGCUAGACGUUCCGAGUGUUACUAGAUAAUGAGGCAUGUCAGAUAUGUCGGCAAUUUCAAGCACGACCUCUCCGGGCCACAGAAGGUUAUU